UUGGCGAAGGCGAUUCAGCGGUGGUGACUGCCUCCAACCGGACGCUCUACAAAUUAUCAUCUCUGGACUCCCAGCGGACACCCUGCCGGAGGCAAGAGCUGCCAAGCCAACUGGAACUGUGCCUUUUCUGUUGUCAAGGUUCUUUUCUUACACAGGAAAAAGAAAGAAAAAAAAAAGAUGAAGUUGGGCAAAGUGGAGUUCUGCCACUUCCUGCAGCUGAUCGCCCUUGUCCUGUGCUUUUCUGGGAUGAGUCAAGCAGAACUCUCGAGGUCCAGCUCAAAGCCCUACUUCCAGUCGGGGAGGCCCAGGACCAAGCGCAGCUGGGUGUGGAAUCAGUUCUUUGUGCUGGAGGAGUACAUGGGUUCGGACCCCCUCUAUGUCGGAAAGCUUCACUCUGAUGUUGAUAAAGGAGAUGGUUCCAUCAAAUACAUCUUGUCAGGCGAAGGGGCAAGUUCCAUUUUCAUUAUUGAUGAGAACACGGGGGAUAUUCAUGCCACCAAGAGGCUGGAUCGCGAGGAGCAGGCCUACUACACGCUCCGAGCCCAAGCGCUGGACAGGCUCACCAACAAGCCGGUGGAGCCCGAGUCUGAGUUCGUCAUCAAGAUUCAGGACAUCAAUGAUAAUGAGCCCAAAUUCUUGGAUGGCCCAUACACUGCCGGGAUCCCCGAAAUGUCUCCUGUGGGGACCUCAGUGGUACAAGUGACAGCAACCGAUGCUGAUGAUCCUACAUAUGGCAACAGCGCCCGCGUGGUCUACAGUAUUCUGCAAGGACAGCCCUAUUUCUCGGUGGAACCCAAGACAGGAGUCAUCAAGACCGCCCUUCCAAACAUGGAUAGAGAGGCUAAAGACCAGUAUUUGCUUGUUAUUCAGGCAAAGGAUAUGGUUGGUCAAAACGGAGGACUCUCAGGAACCACAUCCGUCACCGUGACCCUCACUGAUGUCAACGAUAACCCACCUCGCUUUCCUCGCAGAUCUUACCAAUAUAAUGUCCCUGAGUCAUUGCCAGUGGCCUCUGUUGUGGCCAGGAUUAAAGCUGCUGAUGCAGAUAUAGGGACUAAUGCUGAAAUGGAAUACAAAAUUGUGGAUGGUGAUGGAUUGGGGAUUUUCAAGAUUUCUGUUGACAAAGAUACACAGGAAGGAAUCAUUACCAUACAGAAGGACCUGGAUUUUGAAGCCAAAACAAGUUACACACUACGGAUAGAAGCUGCAAACAAAGAUGCUGACCCUCGCUUUCUGAGCUUGGGGCCGUUCAGUGAUACGACGACCGUGAAGAUAAUUGUGGAAGAUGUGGACGAGCCCCCCGUGUUUUCCUCCCCCUUGUACCCUAUGGAAGUGUCGGAAGCUACCCAAGUUGGGAAUAUCAUUGGCACCGUCGCAGCUCAUGACCCAGAUUCGUCUAACAGCCCUGUGAGGUAUUCAAUUGACAGAAACACAGACUUGGAGAGAUACUUCAACAUUGAUGCCAACAGUGGAGUGAUUACAACGGCCAAAUCUUUGGAUCGGGAGACAAAUGCUGUUCAUAAUAUCACAGUCCUGGCAAUGGAGAGCCAGAAUCCGUCUCAAGUAGGACGAGGCUACGUGACCAUCGCGAUCCUGGACAUCAAUGACAACGCCCCUGAGUUCGCCAUGGACUAUGAGACCACCGUGUGCGAGAAUGCCCAGCCGGGGCAGGUUAUCCAGAAAAUCAGUGCGGUGGACAGAGAUGAGCCGUCCAACGGACACCAGUUUUAUUUCAGCCUAACCACUGAUGCAACGAACAACCACAACUUCUCCCUGAAAGAUAACAAAGACAACACGGCCUCCAUUCUCACCAGGAGGAAUGGCUUUCGGAGGCAGGAGCAGUCUGUGUAUUAUCUGCCCAUCUUCAUCAUGGACAGCGGGUCGCCUUCACUCAGCAGCACCAACACCCUCACCAUUCGAGUCUGUGACUGUGAUGCAGAUGGAAUUGCCCAGACCUGCAACGCUGAAGCCUACGUCCUACCUGCCGGCCUCAGCACCGGAGCCCUGAUCGCAAUCCUCGCCUGUGUCCUGACGUUACUGGUGUUGAUCCUCCUGAUCGUCACCAUGAGGAGACGGAAAAAAGAGCCCCUCAUUUUCGACGAAGAGAGAGAUAUCAGAGAGAAUAUCGUUCGCUACGAUGAUGAGGGUGGAGGAGAGGAAGACACGGAGGCUUUUGACAUGGCAGCAUUGAGAAACCUCAACGUCAUCCGAGACACCAAGACCCGGAGGGACGUGACUCCAGAAAUUCAGUUCUUGAGUCGACCGACUUUUAAAAGCAUCCCAGAUAAUGUCAUUUUUCGGGAAUUUAUUUGGGAGAGACUGAAGGAAGCCGACGUGGAUCCCUGUGCGCCCCCUUAUGACUCCCUGCAGACGUAUGCGUUUGAAGGGAACGGUUCCGUGGCCGAGUCCCUCAGCUCCUUGGAGUCCAUCAGCUCAAACUCUGAUCAGAACUAUGACUACCUGAGUGACUGGGGGCCCCGUUUCAAACGACUUGCGGACAUGUAUGGGACCGGCCAGGAGACUUUGUACUCCUAGCCUUGGAACUUUCCUUGGGAAUGGACUGAAGACAAAGUCAAAGCAAAACAAACA